ACCUCACGUUUCGGAUGUGAAGUCUCACACACACCCACACCCACGGCUGUCUCAUCACUGUGCUGCUUCUUAUGACUCAAAUCAGAGGCACACAGCUAAACUCACAGACUGCUAAGUAGCGUAGGGAUUCUUUGCCACCCAGUGAGAUGUAUAGCUUUUCACUUUUUAUAUAUAAAUAAAAGAUGACAGUUAUGUGGUAGAAGCAGCCACUACAUGGAAAGGUCUUGACUGCGCUUCCUGCGAGAAUAUUCUCAGACGCUGCUCCGGUUAGACCUACCCGCUUGUUAACGUUAACUGGCACAUAACGAGCAAAACAAAAGCUAAAUAUAUAAGUUAUGGGUGCCAAACUUUUUUUUUCCACGUACGGAAGAAGAUAUCGAUAUCAAAUUUUAAACUCUUGUUUACCGGACAUGUUUUAAAGUGCUCGAGGCAACUAUCCAAUGUUAACACAACAUUCACGCGCGUCCCAUCCGGUGAAACCGCGUGACGACGCUUUCCACGAGCAACGACGCCCACGCCAGUACACACAAGCACCGCUGGAAAUGUUUCUUUUUAUAAUUCUCCAAGAAACAUUUUGACUGUGGGGUAGAAGUGUUUAUCAAAUAUAACCUGCUGAACUUGUUUUUAUGUCCCUGCUAGCGCAGGCUCAAGUGCUUUGUGUAGUCUGGCAUGCAGCGUCGCCGGCCAGCUAGCGCUAGCUCGCUCCGUCAGCAUUAGUCAGCACCCUGGAGGUCUCAUGGCGAGUUACGGGUUGAGCGCAGCCAUUUUAGGAGCAUGCGUUCUUGCGAUUCAUCUGAUCGGAGCAGAGGAGACUUUGUAUGUCGCUGCCGUCUACGAGCACCGGGUGAUCCUGAACCCCAGGCCCGGGGUGCCUCUGCGGAGGCGCGCGGCACUGGAACACAUGGAAAAGAACCUGCAUGCGUUUGCGGAGCAGGCCGCCCUAGCUGCACUACAGGGUGCGCACAUCUUAGUCUUCCCGGAGGAUGCCAUCCAUGGAUUCAACUACACCAGAGCAUCCGUAGCUAGUUAUCUGGAGACAGUACCUGACCCUGAAGAGGUGACGUGGAGCCCAUGUGCAGAUCCUGGGAGAUUCUCAAACACCGAGGUCCUCCGUCGGCUGAGCUGCAUGGCUCGGAAGAAUCGGCUCUUCCUGGUGGCCAACAUGCCUGACCGGCAGCCCUGCAGCCGUGCGUCAGACCCCCUCUGUCCACCCGAUGGACAGUACCAGUUUAACACAGACGUUGUUUUUAGUGACAACGGCACCCUUGUAGCCAGAUACCACAAGCAGAACUUGUACUUUGAGGCAGCCUUUGACACGCCGCCGAGGAACAAGUACGUCACUUUCACCACCCCGUUUGCCGGCCGUUUCGGUGUGUUCACCUGCUUCGACAUACUCUUCCGCGAGCCGGCCGUCACCCUUGUGAGAGACAUGGGUGUCAGGCAGCUGGUGUACCCCACGGCCUGGAUGAACCAGCUGCCCCUGCUGGCUGCGGUGCAGUUCCAGCGCUCCUUCUCCUACUCUGCUGGGGUCACGCUGCUGGCUGCCAACGUACGAGCGGCGGCACUGGGCAUGACGGGCAGUGGGAUUUUCACACCCUGGGAGGCUGUUUACCACCAUGACUCGACGGAGGGCGAGCAGGGGAGGCUACUGGUGAGCAGGGUGCCUGUCCUGGACCCACUAGCGGUGGUGGGACAUGCGAGGCCGAGCUUGGUGCCCUUCUCCGGGCAUCCCAAAGCAGAAGGUGCAGUGGAGGAGGACGAGACCUGGCCUGACUGUAACAACCUGCAAGCUGAUACAAGACGGAGAAAACCAGAGGCCACGUUCUGCCUAAAAGAGGAGUCUGGCUACCGUGAAGAGCUCUUAGCCGAGGAACCCACUCCUCCCUUCACCUCCACAAUGAUGUACGAUAACUUUACUUUGGUGCUGCUGCAGGGCAGAGAAGGGAAUCUCACAGCAUGCGAUGGCUCGUUCUGCUGCCACCUGCUGUUCCGAAGGUCAGACCCUCCUGAGGAAGAGCUGUAUGCGCUGGGGGCAUUCGACGGGCUCCACGUGGUCCACGGCACGUACUACCUGGAGGUGUGCGCUCUGGUGAAAUGCCCAGGGCAGCACAAGGGGAGCUGCGGCGGAGAGACUGAGCGCGCUCAGACGCUGAUCGACUUCCAACUGGACGGGAUCUUCAGCACCGAGCACGUCUACGCCGGCGUGCUGGGCAGCGGGAUGACCCUGGACCGGCCGGACCAGUCCGGAUGGCAGAGCGGAGGCAGGUUCUACAUGAAACGGAGAGGAAUGACCACUGGACUGGUGACAGCAGUGCUGUACGGAAGAGUGUAUGAGAAGGACAGCUGCUUGUUAUCUGCAGACAGUCCCUGACCCUGCAGUUACUACACAAGAGUCCCAAACAGAGGCACAGCACUAAGCUCCACUUAUUACAAACUCAUUUACGUUUUGGGAUCCCAAUUAGUGUGGAACUAAAAAGAGGUUAAUUCCAGUUUUUCAUAGAUUCUCUCUCUCUCUCUCUCACACACACACAGAUUGAUUAUGAUGGGUAUUUACUGUGAGCUUAAUGACUCAGCUUCAUGGGACUAAUUGUGGCCCUAGAUUCCAUACUUUGUUGUGGUGUGCAGUAUGCAAAUCAAAUCCAUGCAUCAGUGAAACUGCUUACCACAGCCCACACGACCUCAACGCCGAGGCUUGAUUAGAACUCCAUUACUGCUCUGAAACUGUCUCUUCACUGAAGAUGUCAAUUACUUCUGUUUAGUGAUCACAGAGUGAUGUUUGAUCUUAAAUGGGUAAUGAAAGACAAGUUCCAUACAAAAUAAAUAAUAAUCGAAGUCAAAUGUCCCACACUUGGAAGUGAUCCUGUCAUGUUACGAUUAAAUAGAAAAGGAGGUUAAAGGUUUAACUAAUGAUUUAUUAGUAAUCAUCUGAACAAUACGCCAAGUAGCCAGGUCAGAGCCCCCCCCUCCCCGUCUGCUUGCACUCAUAUAAAAAGGCAAAUUAUUUUAUACUCAGUCUCACACACACACACACACACACACACACACACACACACACACACACACACACCUUUCCUGUUUAAAGUUGCAGUAUAACAAACGCUGUGAUUCACCAAAGACCAUAGCUGAACAUGUAUAGACCCUGUUGGAACCUUGAUAGCUGGUCUAAGACUCAUAGGUAAGAAAUGUGUAACAAGGCCUUUUUAACCAAACGUCACCUCAGGAAAAUUGCACUACAUUAAGUCAUCCACUUUUGCAGCAAUGGAGACUGCAUGCAAACCGCAAACUCGCCCUUAACAGGAUUUUGGCUAGUGAUUCGUGGCCCCAGUCUUGGUUGAUCUUGAUUGCAAUAAGUUAACCAUAGCUUACA